AUGGCUUCAGUUUAUUAUACGACUACGAGCUAAAUUUCUUUUACAAAACGCAACUUAAAACAUAGUAUUAGUACUUUAUUUAUGUGACAUAAAAUGUCAGUUUUUAUCUCCUUCUCGUCUGUGAUAUUGUUGUGUUUGUUCAGAACAGUUUGCCCUAGUUGCGUUUUUCAGAGUGGAAAAUAUGAUUUGUCUGCCUUAGAUUGGCCCGAAGCUUGGCAAGCAACGGGGCCGUCCAUCAACGGCACGAACUACCGAUACCACAUCAGCCUGUGCCAUCCGGUCAACCUGACCGACGGUUGCUCCAACAGUUCCGUCUGCCAGGUUACCGGGAAAAAGUCCGUGAGCUACGGAAAUGCCGUCGCGACCGAGAACGACGCCGCCUUCGCCGACAAUCUAGACGGCGGCUUCUCCAUCUACCUGCACACCAGAGAGACCUGCGGCAACGGCGGGGUGCAUCGCGCCGUCAUUAACUUCGCCUGCGGCCCCCACCUGGGUGCACCGGAAUUGAUCCUGAGGAGCGACUGCCAGGUGAAUUUCUACUGGAGGACGUACCUGGCGUGUCCGAAGAAGCCGGCGGCCAGACAGGUGCCGUGUUACGUGAUCGACGGAGCGGGAGACAAGCGAGAUCUGUCUAGACUCAUCUCGAAGGAGGGCGGCCAUUCCGUGGACGUACCCAAUGCCGGGUACGAUCUCGUCAUCAACGUCUGCUCCGAGAUCGGAACCGAAGUGGGAUGUCCGGCCAACUCCGCGGCAUGCAGGAUGGCCGGAAGCGAGCGUCUGUCCUUCGGAGAGUUGAAAGACCGGGUACGCAUCGAUCCGGAAGGCCUGGUGCUGACCUACGAGACCGGAGAGUCCGCUCGUCCACCCGCCGGGUGCCUCCUGAGACCGAAGACGCGGGUGCUGUUCAAGUGCCCCCCCAGGGGCAGGGGACGGCCCCCCAGGCUCAUCUCCGACUCGAACUGCCAGUACGAGGUGGAGUGGGAGACGGAAUACGCCUGCCCGGAGAACCUGCUGAAGGGGAACUUCAAGACGUGCCAGUUUUCGAUGGAGGCCCACGGCAUCGAGAUUGACCUGAGUCCGUUGAAGAAGAAAGUCGUCCACGACAUCGCCGGCAACGGCACCGAUACCACUUUCUCGUUGAGCGUCUGCGGCGGCUUGGGGGACUAUGCUUGUGCCGGCAAGCACUGGAAAUCGACGGCCGUCUGCAUGACAAACGGCACCUCGAAGAUAGUCGGCACCACCGACGGGGCCGAUUUGCUGUAUGCCGACGGAGAAGUCAUUUUGGCAUAUCCCAAGGGCAGUUCUUGCGAAGACGGUGUGGAAGAGACCUCUGUGAUAAAUUUUGUCUGUGAUCCCGCUGCCAUCAACGAUGGAGAAGGCGAACCGCAUCAUAUCAUUUCUAGUCACUGUGCUCACGUUUUCGAGUGGCGCACCAAGCACGCCUGCCUGAAAAAACCCUUCGACACCCCGUGCUCCGUCACGUUCGGUAAGAAGAAGGUCAGCCUCCGGAAGCUGCUGCUGCCCGACGGAGAAUCCUGGGAGGCCGUGGACAGGAGGGAUAGCCCUCACGGAGACGGAUCGGAGUUCUACUACAUCAACGUCUGUGGAUUCGUGUCCAACCUGAGCAAUCUGUGCGGAGCCGGAUCUUCGGCAUGCGUGGCUCACAGCAAUGGCAAUUUCACCAACCUGGGAAAUUUCACUUCACCACCUGUGUAUGACGUAUCAUCCAAUUCUGUCAGGCUGACGUACACGGGAGGGAGUUCGUGUGGGAACGGAAAAUUCUGGCAGUCUGAGAUCAAUUUCGUGUGUCGACCCGGCCACAUCAACUCCGAACCGGUCCUCGUGAGGGUCGACGAUCGCAAAUGCAAGUACGAAUUCGAGUGGCACACCGCCGAAGCGUGUCCCCGGGGCACUAUAGAGGGUUCGGAUUGCAAAGUGUACGACGCCAACUUGGGCAUCAACUACGACCUGACGCCCCUGAGGUCGAAAUCCUAUCGAGUGGACACGGAUUCCAGCUUGUUUUAUUUAGGCGUCUGUCAAUCUGCCCAAAACUCGCCCUGCAACGGGACAGACUUUGGCGUCUGUCAGGUCGACAAGACGAACAACACUUCCUGGAAGUUGGGGGAACCCUCCUCGGAACUCACGUACUUGGACGGCGUCGUGAACCUGACCUACAUGAACGGAGACCCGUAUUACGACGCGAAUCACACGGCUCGCAUGAGCAUCAUCAUAUUCAUCUGCAGUUACGAAGCGGGAAACGGGAAUCCUCAAUUUGUAGAGGAAAUUAAUUUUGCAAGCAUUUUCCACUGGUAUACCAGCCUGGUCUGCGCUCAUUCGGUCGUGACGGAAUGCCUGGUGCACGAUCCGGCGACGCACCUGCUGUAUGAUCUAGGCGGCUUAUCCCUUUCACAGCAACACUGGGUUACCGUUAUCAACGACGAUGGCAAAGAGAGACAGGUUUACUUGAACGUGUGCCGUUCCCUCGCCGUGUCGAUAGGCUGCGACUCCAACGCCGCCGCUUGUAUGGUGGAGCCGACCCCGGAAGGAGAUAAAGUGGUCGUCCCGAACCUCGGUCAAGCCGUCAGGCCUCCCGUCCUGGCCAGUCCCGGUCACCUGUCUCUGUCGUACGUCAACGGCAGCCCCUGCCAGGCGUACGGGGCGAACGUCACCUACUCCACGAUCAUCCACUUCCUGUGUCCGGACGAGGAUCACACUAAGAGCGGUCUCAAGUUCUUGAGCAAGCUGGGGACCUGCAUCUACACCUUCGUGUGGACCACCAAGGCCGCCUGUCCGACCGGGACCCUGCGGUCGGUGGACGACUGCCGGCUGACCGACCCGGAGUCCGGUUACACCUUCGACCUGACGAGCUUGCGGCAAGAGAAGGAGCCCUACACGGUGUCGUCUGCUUCCGGGACAUUCAAGCUCAACAUUUGUGGCAGUGUAGUUCAAGGAUGCUCGGGGUCGAAGAACGUCAGCGUGUGUAAGGUCGACGGCGACAAGACCGAGGAACUCGCGGUGUCCAAUUCCUACGCAUUGAGCUAUUCCACCAUGCAGGAUUUGACCCUGACGUACAAAUCCGGCGACAUCCCGAACAGGGUCGCCAUCAAGUUUCCCUGCUCCAACACCUCCGAUGGCAGUCCGAAGUUCCUGCGCGAAGAAGAUGGGCACUACACCUUCGAGAUGAAAACGCCGCUCUCGUGCAUUCCCGCCGAGUUCGACUGCAACAUCGUGGACGACAUGGGGAACGAAUACGACCUGAGCCCCCUGGCCCGUUACGCAGAUUCGAACUGGGAGGUCAACAUUCAGCAACCUGAGUAUGCACAUUUGAGGUAUCACAUUAAUUUUUGUAGACCACUGAACAGGAGGCAGGACUACCGCUGUCCCGGAGGCUCUUCCAUGGCCUGUCAGACGGACCUGACCCAUCCGGAGAGGGACGGGGUCGAUCUCGGUUCUCAGAUGAGCAGGCCGAUGGUUAAUAAGGAAACCGUGGUGGUCCGUUACGUCAACGGCUCGUACUGUCCCAACGGGCAGUUCAGACGUAGCACCACGAUCAACCUGUUCUGUUCCGAUGAAGAAAAGCCGCUGAAAUUCAUCGGGGAGACUGCCGAAUGUGAGUAUGUGUUUUCUAUGGACACUCCUGUCGCAUGUUCCAUCCAGAGUAGUCGUGGUAAGAACUGCAUGGUGAAGGAUCCUUUGUUCGGUUACAUGUUUGAUUUGAGUCCCUUGAAGAGUAAAAAUGACAAUUACAAGAUAUCCGUCGGAGAAUACAACUACACGUUCAACGUCUGUGACGGUCUGAACGGCUUCCAGAAGUUUCCCCAAUGCUCCAAUUCCAGCAUCUGCCUGACAAAGCCGAGCGAUCCCACUUUCGCCAAGAGUCUGGGAAGGCUCAGCGAUGUCCUGAUGUACAGGAAGGGCAUCAUAACGUUGAAAUACGACUCGGGGUCAGGUGACUGUCACGGUCAACAUAACCGUUCGACGAUCAUCACUUUCAUCUGUCAUCACGCUCACGAAGCCAAGGACGGUCCGAUAUUCAUCGAAGAGAGCCAGGAUUGCAGCUACCUGUUCGAAUGGCCGACGGUCCACGCAUGUCCCACGUUCGACGUCAUAGACUGCUCGGUGACCGACAAGAACGGGCUGACUUACGACCUGAGCCACCUGUCCCUCCCCAAUACUAACUAUUACAUAAAGUAUGGAGGCUCGAGCGAUAAAAUGUUCGUGAUCAACGUGUGUAGAAGCAUCGUCCAUUCGCCGGAUUCCCUGUGUCCCUAUGCUUCGGCCGCCUGCCUGUUGGACUCCUCCCUGCCGGACCAGCCCCUGGAUCUGGGCAGGGUGAGCCGGGGUCCGUACGUAGAGGACGGCAAGGUCAAGCUGACGUACAGUACCGGAGAUCUGUGCAAGGACGGGGAUUCGAGGUCGGCGAGUUUCAUGCAGACGGUGAUCGAGUUCUCCUGCGACGAGACCGCCCUCGAUUCGGUGCCCGAGUUCGUGGGCAAAGAUGGCUGCACAUACUAUUUCGAUUGGUCAACGGCCCGCGCCUGUCCGACGAAGACUCCCCGUGGCAGGGGAGACUGCACCGUGGAGGAUCCGGCGACCGGCCACGUCUUCAACUUCACCGCCCUGAGGGAUCACGGAUCCUUCAAGACCAGGAAGGGGAGCCACGAGUACCACGUCUCCGUCUGCGGCGGAGGGAAGGACACGAGCCCGUGCGGCCUCGGAUCGGCCAUGUGCCAGGAGGAGCUGUCGGGCGGCAAGCGGCACUGGAGCGGCGGCGCUCCCAACGGCAAUCUGACCCUUGACGACGGCAUCCUCCUGCUCAACUAUACGGGCGGCGACCCGUGCCACCAGGGACGGUUCCAGCGCAACACCCUGAUCGAGUUCCGCUGCGGCUCGGGUCUGGGGGAGCCCAAGCUCCUGUACGAGUCCCAGGACUGCACCUACUUCUUCAGCUGGAAGACGGAGCUGGCAUGCCGGACGGCGGUGCACUGUGCCGUGAAGAACGGGAGCAGCUACUACGACCUGGGCCAGCUGGCAGAGAUGUACCACGAGGCGUCUUCCACCCUGCUGAACGACGGGGCGUCCUACUACGUCAGCCUGUGCAGCUCCUUGCCGAGACUCCCUGACGCCUCCUGUCCCCCUGGCGCAUCCAUUUGCAGGGUGACCAAUCACGCGGCUGCUGCUCCCACGGUGGAGAGCCUUGGUAAAAUUGAUCGCCCUCCUUUCGUGGACUUCAUGGGUCAUGCCACGACGAUCUAUACGAAUGGCUCUGCCUGUUCUAAGAACCCCUCACGCACCAACAGUGCCCGGAUCAUAUUCCUCUGUGAUCCCCUAGCGGGAGCGGGAGAACCUGUCCUGUUGGACGAUGACUACGACGAAUGCCUGUUCAUCUUCCAGUGGAAGACCAGCCUGGUGUGUCCCGAAAAGCCAGAGGUGCCUCCCUCUUUCACCUCCUGCAACUACACAGACAGUGGCCGUGGCAUCCAUUUCGACCUUUCGCCCUUGAAGAGGUCGGGCUCUCAUCCCUACUACGAGGUCCCGGACGCGGACAAGAGGAACGCCUCCUUCCUGGUGAACGUGUGCUCUACGCUGGAAGAUUCCGGCGUCCCCCACUGCGCCACUUCCGGCGUCUGCGCCAGGGAGGGCGCCGCCUCCCUGGGCUACGGUGUGGCGUCAUCGCAGAAGUUCUCCUACGACGGGAGGAGACUCCGACUCACCUUCUACGACGGAGACGACUGCCCCUCCGGACUGAACGGGAAGCGAACAUCUGAGAUCUUUUUCACCUGCGAUCCCACUGCAGGCAACGGAGAGCCUGUUCUCCACAAGAAGUACACUUGUCUGGCCGUGUUCAUGUGGAAGACAUCUCUCGUGUGCCAGAACUUACAGCAGCAGUGUGCGUUCGAUGUCGGUGGAGUGCACUACGACUUCAACCUCCUGUCCAGCCUGUCCCACAACUGGAAUGCAUCGGACGGCAAGAACAUAUUCUGGAUCAACAUGUGUCGUGGCAUCCAGCCCACCCGCCUGGCUUCUGGAUGUUCUCGUGCAGCUGCAGUCUGCAUGGUGGACCCCCAGGGAUUCCACACCUCCCUGGGCCUGGUACAAUCCAUGAAGGUCAAGUCCAUCAAUUCCACGGCCAUCCUCCUGACCUUCGAGGGGGGCAGCAAGAGGGCAUGCUCCCCCAUUCGCUCCGAAUCGGAGCUUCGGGCCACCACUCGACUCUUCAUGAAGUGCGGGACCACCCUGGGGGGCCCCAGGCUCUUCUCGGGCCCCGACUCCGAAUGCUUCUACGAUUUCGUCUGGGAGUCCAGCCUGGCCUGCGAAGACAAGGCUGAAGAAGUAAUGUUAGAAGAUGAUGGCAUGAUAAUCGACAAACGGUUGGGACAUGGUUUUGAUAUUCAUGAUAUAUUAAAUCACACCUUCAGCGUUCCCGGGACUUCUUCCUCUGACCAGUACCUCUACCAGAUCAACUUGAGCGGGGUGAAGGGGGGUGUCUCUGACCCCACAGACCCCUGUGCCCUGGCAGCAGUGUGUCAGACCAAGCCCAACACCACUUUCCUCAGAGACAUAGGGAGCGUAGACACCAGGACUUUCGUCAUCAGAGGCUCUGAGCUCCACAUGUCAUUUGUGUCCCACACCAGACCCUGCGGGAAGAAUAGCUCGAAAAAUGUGACCACUCUCAUCAAUGUCCAGUGCGUGUCUGCAGCUGGAAUCGGCUCUCCAACAUUUUUAUAUGAAUCUGGAAAUUGUGACUACAUCUUUGAAUGGGAAACAAUAGUGAUGUGCCCUGAUUUUCACAGGAGGAAACCAGAUCCCGUGCCUGGGCACAGGACAGAUCCCAUUCCUCAGGAAGCAGGGUCCAGCCACACUGCAGAGAUAGUGGUGGGAGUCCUGUUUGCGAUGGUUGCCGUCAUGGCGAUAGCUUUUGUCCUGCUCAAGGCGGAAAGGAGAGCUAUUUUGUCCUCUCGAGUGAGAAGCAUGUUUGGGAGAGUCAGUGUUCCUUAUUUUAGGUACAAAAGGGGCGACAUUCUCACCGAGCUGCAGUCCGAUUUCUGAGGAGAGUUCGAAGGAGAGCGAAUGGUCCUGGUGGAUGCUUCCCAGACCGUCCAUUACGACGAUGAUGUCGAAAUCUUAACUUAGCUCCUCCCCCCAGUCGCCGUGGAACAAUCUAUUUUCCUAUACCAAAUGGAAGAUUUUUAAGAGACUCUAGUGUUACAGGUUGUAGCGAAAUGUGAUCACUUUCCUAAAAGACGUGUGUGUGCCUCAAGUAAAGUUUUUUUAUUUUGUUUUCCCUCGGCGUGUCAUAUGUAAAGAUAAGGGAAGUCUGUUGUAUAUUGUAUUUUAAAGCUCAGACAUUUUAAUUUAUAUUAUCUUUGUCUUUUUUUUUUACUGUUAAGUUAUAUCUGUGAAAUGUAUUAGUUAUUCAGUCUAUAAACUUAUCCGAACUGACAAGAUUUAAUAUGAUUCCAUCGCAUGUGUUUUAUGCCUGGGUUGUGUUUUGCAUUUAAGGUGCAUUUGUUUUUAGAGGAAAACGACCGUUCGACGAUUUUGAUUUGACGUAAGCAUUUUUAAAAUGUUUAUUCUGAGAGACUUUUUUAUUUCUAGAUAUACUUUACAUUCCAUUUCAUGUCUUGCCGAUGAUUGGUUGACGUUGGAUAUGUACUUCGAUUUAGUAUUGUAAAAUUUAAUUUUAGGUCCAUCAGUGAUGAGCCUGUAUAUUCAUUACUUUAAACUGGAUUGUUGAAGAAACAACCACCCUAUGGUGACUGUGAACAAAAUAUGUGAUAUGUAAAAAGAAAUUUGGUAUUGUUGUAAAAAUAGACAUGCCUCUCAACUUGAUAAAAUACUUAGGAAAAAGCAAAUAAACAAUAAUGAUAAGAAUAAAACAUAAGUAAAGGGAGGAGGGUAUUGUAGUUUUCUGCUUGAAUAAAUGAAAUUGCUUUCAAAUAUUCAAUACAGUAGAAGACCGUUAUAACGCCGACCUAUAUAACGCAAUUCUCUAUAUACCGCACUACUUUUCAGAAGUAAACAAAAGGUUUUGAAGUUUCACUCCCUCUGUUUCGUCUUGCAAAUAUAAAAAGUGUUAGGAAAAUUAAAUUUUGAAACAGUUUUUCGUAUUUCCAUCUUAAUUCAAAGUUUUAAAAUUAAAAUUAGUGUUUAUAGUAAAAAGAAAAUACCAGCAGAUGGCUCUUGAAAAUGCAGCUGUUAUGCAAACCAUGAAACUAGCAGAAGUAAUUCCAUUUCUUUUGAUUGUGAAACAUAUUUAUUUGUGAAUAACUAAUUGUAAUAUUGGUGCUUUAAUACUCAUUGCAGAUAAAACUCAUUCUGAAGGGCUAACAUAUAGAUAUAUUCUGAAUAUUAGUUUCAAAAUUUGUGAAAUGAUCUAUAUAACACAAAAUCCUGUAUAACGCAAAAACUCUGGUCCCAAGGUGUGCGUUAUAACAGUCUUCUACUGUAUCUCAGUCUCCCACUUCUGAUUAUUGUUCAUACACAAUGUUAUGUAAAUGGUCAUCAAUACAGUUGAUGUCAAAGUUAUGCUUUUAUAUUUUGGUCAAAUGUAAUUUAUUCAGUUGAAAACUUACAAAUCUACUGGUGUAUAUUUUUUUUAUAUGCAACAAAUGUUUGAAAACAAUUAUGGUUGAUAUUAAAUAUUUUUAAAUGUAUUUCAAUAUAAAACUGCAGGUAUUUGUUAGUGUCUUAAGUAAUUCCAGGAAGAAAAAAAUCUUGGUUUGAAUAUUCAGUAUGGGAUCCCAGCUCUUGAGCACUGGGAACUGUAACCUAUUAGGAUUUUAGAUCCCCACUCAAAAAAUAGCGAAUUUAUCCUAUUGUGUGUAUUUGGUACUUUUUCUCUGGAUUUGCAAACGUUCGGCCCAAUUUUUUUUUCCUUCAGCAUUCUUAAUGAAAAUGUACUUUAUUAUUCUGAAUUUAAAAAAAAGGUGGAGAUAAUUUGCGAUGGCAAUCUGCGGAUCAUUGCAAAUGUUUAUUGCAUGUUUAAAAAUGUGGCAGUUAAUACAAUAAAUAAAUUACAUUUGUGCUUAAAAUAAUUUUGUAUUUUUGUUCAAUAUGCUUUCUAUUGUAUGCUAACGAGAAAACAAAAAAAAAUAUUAUUAAUGAGAAGCGGAUGCUAAAAGAUUGCUGCACAGUUCUAGCAAAACUUUGAAUUACGUAUGACCAGUGGCGCUGGAGAAACAUAAAAAUAGGGUGCUAGUAUUGUAUUGUCUACAAGUAAGAGCCAAAUGUUAACAAUUUUGAACAUUUAUAGUUUACAAAAAAAUCAUUUUCCAAAA